CGCUAUCCGCCGUUAUAAUAUAUAUACCUAAAUUGGAAUCCUUCUCGGCGCAUCAUUUGUUCAGCGGUGACCGGCCUGUUGACAUCUUGGUUAUGUCGUCUGCUUCUGUGGAGGGGGAUGUCGUGGCUUCUGCUAAUCACACAAUCAACAGAAAUGAAAUGUUUCAGACGUUCCAGUCCUGGGCCCUUCAAAAUUAUGGAGACAGCGGUAAAACGAAAACUGUUACGGAGAAAAAGUAUAACAGGAUAAUACGAGUACUGACCGGUGAGGAACAAUCUUCGGCAGAAAACUCAAAGUUCAGAUUUUGGGUCAAAGCCAAAGGAUUCCGUUUGGGACCAUUGGAUGGGUUAGACAAAAUCCAAGGACUUACAGAGACAUUACUUUACGUACCAACGAAACAGGUGACUGACACAAACAGCAAUGAUAUGGACCGGGGCUACAAACGGGUGGCGAUCGUUGAGGAUUUCUUCGAAAUCAUAUAUGGAGUACACGUGGAGAUGGACGGGCGAGGCGGCAAACACGCGGGACAGAAACGGACGUACAGGGCGAUUGCGGAGACCUACGCGUUCCUGCCUCGUGAAGCGGUUACACGCUUUCUAAUGUCUUGUUCUGACUGUCAAAAGCGCAUGCAUCUUGGAACGGAAAACACAGCUCCCGUGGAGGAAAUUCACACAAAUGGAAUCCCUAACAACAACGAAAAAGACUUUCUCAACACUUCGCCAAUCAUCGACUUCAACGUUCCCAUCACCCAAACAUAUCUCAAUCAAAUGCGAAACAGAGGCUACUUUUCCGAGUUCAAUUUCAAUGAUGAUGAGAGCAUGUCUAGUGCGGAUAGCGUUGCCAGUGGUGAUCAGAGUCCCUCUCCCUCAGCCGAGGAGGCCAACGGUAACCACACAUCGAUGUUAAAACCAGAAUCGACAUGUGAGAACGGUGAGGGGCUUAUUCCAGUAAAUUUAUCUACGCCACGAGGACUGCGCAUGGCGGACAGUCCUAUGGAUGAAGAAAGGGCGUUGUCCCUGAGUAUCAUCAGUAAAUCGCCCAUCCCUUCUACUGGGGGGCAUCCCGAGAGGAAGAGACGGGCCAGCGAUGACAGUUGUGAGAGCUCAACAAGGGCGAGUGAAGGAGGUACUGUCGAUGAUCUUCAAGGAAGUAAAGAUGAUGACGACGAUGAUGACAUGGAGGAUGAUGAAAAACUCCUCUCCGCCGGAAAAAAUUACGACCCUGAGCGAUUAAAAUCGUUUAACAUGUUCGUGCGAUUAUUCGUAGACGAAAAUUUGGAUCGAAUGGUUCCUAUUUCAAAACAACCUAAAGACAAAGUGCAGGCAAUCUUGGAAGCGUGUGAUCGUCAGUUCCCGGAAUUUCACAUGCGAUCCCGAAAGCGAAUCCGUACCUACCUCAAGUCGUGUCGGAGAAUGCGGCGCUCUAAGGAACAAAACGGAUGGGAGCCGCAGAUACGACCCACGCCCCCACAUCUGACAUCAGCCACUGCCGAAAGCUACCUGGCGCAGGCGUGCGAGAACGAGAGUCAAAACGCCAAAAGAAUGAGAAUGGGGAUGGAGCCACUUCCGGCUGGUUCUAUGACAACCGUGCUCACCACGACCAAUCCGACGACAGCCCAGCCUGUUGUACAGCCUGCCGUGGUCCAGCCUCAGCCUCAGCCCCCGCAGCAGGCCACGCCCUCCCCUCACUCCCAGCCCCCAUCCAGGGCCUCGCCCCAGGCGCCUCCUGCUUCACAGAUAGAACGUCAUCCUCCAUCAACAAAUGAUUUCAUGCGCCACCAGCCACCGCCUGCCUUCAGACCACCCCCGGAGUUCCACCCACCUUUUUUUACAAACGGAAAUGGAAUUUUUCGUCCCGGAUUUCCGCCAGGUUAUCAACAUCCGGCACAUCACCAUCCACCAGUCUUGCAACAUAGCCCCAUAGCACCAGCCUCGGUUCAAAACGGUACGUGCCCAACAGACCUAAGUAUGAAGAAGCAAGCUUCCAAGAACCAGCUGAGUGCCAGUGAAGUGGCGACGAUAAAACAGCUGAUAGCCGGCUACAGGGAGUCGGCCGCCUUCCUCUAUCGAUCAGCAGACGAGCUGGAGCAGCUGCUUCUGCAGCAGAAUUAACGGACAAACAUCACUCUAUUUUAAACUGCAGCAGGAUUCUUUUUUUUUAAUUUUGAAAACACUUGAAUGCCUUGGUAACGUCGAUAUUUUGAAGAGUAUAUAAAUAUGAUCUACUGAAGUGUUAUUUUAUAAACAUAUACCUCGCUUUAUUUUUCUCCAGAUUGUGAUUAUGUUAUUUAGGAGUAUUCCCUCAUGGUAGUGUUGGGAUGUUUCCGGAGAAUGUCGGCAAUGCCCGGUACCUUGGAGACAUUUCAAUUCUUAUUGAACAAACUACAAGAAUACUUGUGGAAUAUUCCUUGUUCUAUUUUUCUAUCUACGGUCAUAAUGUCUUUCUUAAGUUGCUAGUAGUAGAGAGAAAUUUGAGAUUUUUACAUAAAAUAAGAACAAAAGACGCAACAAUAUGUUGACUUUUAUCGCACACAAAAAAUUGAAUCUAGUACCUUCAAUAUUCAUAUCAUGACAUUAGAGAGGAGAUGAGGAUAAUCGCUUGUGAUUCGCGGGAUCAUUGUAAAAUAUGUUUUCUUUCUGGCUCAAUGUGGUAUGAAUAUUUAUGUGUAUCUCGCGUAUAAGUGAGAAUACAGUUUGCCUAUUAUAUAUGAUGUAAAUGAAGAGCACAAGGGUAGAUAACUCUUGUGAUUUGUUUCUAUAGGUGUCCUGAGAGAUAUGGUCUAUGACGUCUGUAUAUAUACUUAUUGUUUGUGCAGUAUGUGCGAGUUUCAUUAUCCGAGCUGUAUAUAUAAGUUUGAAAGUUAAACUAUAAAAAAGACGUAUAUUUAAAGAAAAAUGUUGAGAGACAACAAUGCUAUAUCAUGCUUUUUGAAGAGAUACUGGAUUGUCAAUUAUAACGGACGUGUAUAAGUAUGUUAUUGGUUUAAUUUUUGACUGGUUAAUUUAUUUUGUGGAUUAGUGCAAUUUUUUGUCCAUGAUGUUGAUUUGAUCUCAGGCGUUAUGUCAAUUUUAACAUUUCUGUAGAAUGAUAGAUUACUUAUCGUACUUAGGUAUACUUGUUGAGGUAAAUCUGACACAAGAUACAGUAGUAGUUAUUCUAGGAUUGAUACGGAUAGUACCUAUAGUAUCACGUGUAUCUUGGAGAAAGCUUUCCACCCCAGAAACAGCAAUGUCCACAAGCUAUAUUCAAUACAUGCAGUGGGUCGCUUUCAGCCAGAAUAUUCAGAUGAAGACAAAGCCGAGGUAGAUUAAUUCAGAGUGCGACCAGAUCGAGGAAGAUCUAGUUAGCUUUAAACCUAUUUAGUCUAACUGAAUUAGACUGUGUCAGACAUGAUAAGUCAGACUUACUACUGCUAGUCGACGUAUACGAACACCAAGUCAGACUAACGACUUCUAGUGGAACUAAGACAAGGCUGAGUCAGACUUACGACUUCUAGUGGAACUACGACAAGGCUGAGUUAGACUAACGACUUCUAGUGGAACUAAGACAAGGCUGAGUCAGACUUACGACUUUUAGUUGAACUAAGACGAGGCUGAGUCAGACUAACGACUUUAAGUGAAACUAAGACGAGGCUGAGUCAGAAUUACGACUUCUAGUGGAACAAAGACAAGGCUGAGUCAGACUUACGACUUUUAGUUGAACAAAGACGAGGCUGAGUCAGACUAACGACUUUAAGUGAAACUAAGACGAGGCUGAGUCAGACUUACGACUUUUAGUUGAACAAAGACGAGGCUGAGUCAGACUAACGACUUUAAGUGAAACUAAGACGAGGCUGAGUCAGCCUUACGACUUUUAGUGGAACUAAGACGAGGAUGAGUCAGACUUAUGACUUCUAGUGGAACUUAGACAAUGCCACAUUGAAUUAUUUUUAGACAAACGUCUUUUUAAAUU